AUGUGCCAAUACAACUUCGUCCGUUUCACAGCCUGCAAUCACACAGUCCAGGACAAGGAUGUCCCCCUUGAGCGCUGCAAGUCGAAGACACGCACACUGUGGCAGAAGGCGUGUGACCAGUCGGAGACGGUAGUCAUUUCGCAGAACGGGCUGUGCAAGGAGUGUGAGGACAAGCUGGAGGGGAAGUUGAUGAAGCUCAAAAAGCUUCAGGAUAAGGAGUUGCGUGCAGAGGAGAAGGCGAGGAAGAAGUUACCAAUAAUCAAGGUGAAGAAAGAGUAAUAGAGACAUUGAUAUGUACAAAGCGAGGGUAUAUAGCAUUGCAUGCUGUGAUGCUUUCCAAAAGAAACAGAAAAAAAAAAGAAAAAUGUAGUAUCCAACUCCACGCUAGUAAUAGGUCAUGAUUCCAGUCAUAAACAUCGUGAUUCCAUGUUUCUCUUUCACCUUGCCAAAAGAAAAGAAAAAAGAAAAUGGAAAACAAAGGAUACGGUCCCGUUCUAAAAACCUUGCAACGCGCAUGACUAAUGCACAGAAAUCUUUCUU